AUGUAUAAAUGUAUAUAUCAUAUAUAUAUCUAUCUAUCUAUCUAUCUAUCUAUAUAUCUAUCUAUCUAUCUAUCAAAUCUAGAUAAUUUUCAUAAAUAUCAUAUCUAUCAUAGGUAUCUAUCUGAUUAUCUAUCUAUCUAUCUAUUCAUUAUCUAUCUUCAUCUAUAUAUCUAUUAUCUAUCUAAAUAUCUAUAUAUCUAUCUAUCUAUCUAUUCAUCUAUAUCUAUCUAUAUAGAAUAUAGGAAUCUAUCCAUUCAUCUAUCAUUCUAUCAUCUAUUCAUCUAUCUAAUUAUCUACCCAUUCAUCUAUAAACAUCUCAUAUCUAUCUAUCUAUCUAUCUGUAUCCAUCUAUUUAUUCCAUAUCCAUUUAUAUCUAUCUAUCAUCCAUCCAUUUGUCCAUAUGUAUAUCCAUCUAGUUAUCUAUCCAUCCAUCCAGAUUCCACAUCCAUCCAUCCAUAUCCAUCAUCCAUCCAUCCAUCCAUCCAUCCAUCCAUUCAUCCAUCCAUCCAUCCAUCCAUCCAUCUAUAUCCCAUCCAUCCAUCCAUCUAUCCAUCUAUCUAUCCAUCCAUCCAUCAUGUAUCCAUCCAUCCAUCCAUCUCAGCUCUGUACAUCCAUCUAUCCAUCUAUUCAUCCAUCCAUCCAUAUAAAUAUCCAUCCAUCUAUCUAUCUAUCCAUAUAUUCAUCCAUUCAUCCAUUCAUCAUAUCCAUCCAUCCAUCCAUCUAAUAUUCAUCUAUCCAUCUAUCUAUCCAUUCAGUAUCAGCCAUACAUAUAUAUCCAUAUAUGUAUAUCAUCUAUAUCAUCUAUUCAUUCAUCUAUCUAUCUAUUUGCUAAAUGGAAUAUCUAUUUUCUAUCUAUCUAUAUCUAUUUGUUCAUAUCUAUCUGUAUGUCUAUCUAUAAUUAUCUUUCACUAUCUAUCUAUCAUAUCUAUAUAUCAUCUAUUCAUCUAUCUAUCUAUCAUCUAUCUAUCUAUCUUAUCUAUUCAUUAUAUAUCUAUUAUUCAUUCAUCUAUCUAUAUCUAUCUAAUUCACUAUUUAUUCACAUCUAUCUCCUGCAAACCCACAUAUACAUUCGCAAACACUAGUACUUUCGACCAUCGCAUUCAUUUUCAAGAACCGUGUGGUGUCGACGUGGAAGUAAGAAUUCCUUUGUCUACACGCAUAAAAACAUUAUCUAUCUAUCUAUCUAUCUAUCUAUCUAUCUAUCUAUCUAUCUUCGUUUUCUAUGCCUCGUGUCCCAUACGAUACGUGCCUAUUAUUACUUCCUCUUUCUUUCUUUCUUUCUUUCUUUUUUUUUCUUUCUUUCUUUCCGUUUCUUUCUUUCUUUCUGUUUCUUUCUAUUUUAAUCGAUCUUACUUCAAUUUCACCGAAGCAGACGGUAAGUGCCAAAUAGCGUUUUCGUUUCCUCUGUUUAACUUUUCUUUCUUUCUUUCAUUCUUUCUUUCUUUCUUUCUUUCUUUCUUUACAGUUUCUAUAUUUUUCUUCUUUCUUCCUUUUUCCCUGAAGCUGACAUUAAUUUCUACUUUUUCUUCUUUCUUUUUUUUCACCGAAGCCGACGUUAAGUGCCAAAUAGCCUUAUCGCUUCAUGUAUUUAAUCUUUCUUUCUUUCUUUCUUUCUUUCUUUCUUUCUUUCUUUCUUUCUUUUUAGUUUCUAUUUUAUAUUCUUUCUUCCUUUUCUCUGAAGCCAACAUUAAGCGCCAAAUAGCGUUAUUACUUCAGUUAUUUACCCUUUCUUUCUUUCUUUCUUUCUUUCUUUCUUUCUUUCUUUUUAAUUAUUAUCUAUGCGUUCUUUUGUUUCUUCUUAAAACCAAACUGUACCUCUGA